AUGUCGGGGGCCGUCGUCCCAGAUUUGCUGGUGGCUGACGUAGAGUUGACUGAGAACCUGUACCCGUUCACAAAGUCUAAAGCUCUGAGUGCUUCUGUGAAGAUCAGCAAUGCCACCAGUGUGAGGGUGACACAGGGCUUCCUCGAGGAGUGGCUCAAGAUAUUAUCAGUGGGACUCGAUCUCUGGAACUGUGGCACCGUUACCUUGUCAUCUGCACCCUACAUCUACCGUCACCUGUCACGCUCCUUCUCCACCUUCAUCGGAAUCGGACUGGUGGGCUGCUGGGUACCUGAAGUCCCUACUAAUUUACUGAGAAACAGAUUCACUGCCAGCCUCUUCAUCAAGCACAGCCAAGUAGGCGUCAUGCGUCGUGGCAUGUUGAAUGCUGUGGGCAAGGUGCGGUACAUAGUGUUGGAAGACUCAGUGGUGGACAAGGUGGAGGGCCCACUAGCAGCAGAGGGUUCUUUCACGCUGAGCCAGCGAGAUCUACAUCGCUGGAAUGGUCUUUUCCUCAACAACGUCACCAUACACUCGCUGGGUUCUAGUUCCUUUAAUCUCACUCAUAAGGCCAGUAAGAGAGAGAAUACUCAUAAGGUGGAUGUGAAAGACUGCUUAGUGGGUCAGGUGGGCCAUGGUGGCAUCACGGUCCAGGGAGAUGUUGCUGUAACUAUAAAAAAUAACAUUUUUGAGAACUUGGAGGAUGGAGCCCUAAAAAUAAGUGUGAGUCGUGAUUUAAAGUUCCAAGGAAAUUUGGUGCAAGCAGCAGAGGAGGCAUCACUUCAGGAUAUCCAGUGCCAGAAUUUAACAGAGAUGGACACAAAUAUGAUCUACAUCACACUUGACAAAAAUACAACGGAACUUUUCAAUGAGCUAUCAUUCAGUCCAUUUUCAGCCUCCUGUGGCCUCUCUCAGAUAUUCAAAGUUGUGAAUAUGGAUGUGCCCCUCACUACCAUAGUCUUCAGUCACAGCACUUGGGUACUACUGGCCAUACUUUUACUGUUAAUACUGAUUGCUGGUGGUAUCCUUUACCGGUGGAGAGAGAACAACAAACUACAGAACCAGAGCCAAAGUAACUUUCACUCCUACAAUGGUGUCUCAUCCUCGGCUCAAUAUCAAGCUAACCAACAGGAGGUCAACAUGGUGCAAGGCAGUGUAUUAAAUCCAGUCUAUGACAGAACAACACUGUAGCUCCUGCAUGCAGAUGAAGAGUAUUGAUUGGAUUAAACCAAAUGAAAUUAUUAGAAUUUCACAAACUUUGGAAGCAAAACCACAUUUUUUUAUAUCACUUUAUAGCAUUGAAAAUUAAGUGCAUAGAUCACCAGAGUGUAAUAAAGCAUCAUAAUGAGAUGAAAUGCCCAUCAUUGUUUAACAGACUUUCAGUGCAUAUAUGACAAGUCAAAUAUUUUAUUUAUCUUUUUUAAUAUUUACCCAUGAAUAAAUGGAAUAUGAAUUG